GUUCCCGCGGGAGGGAGGCUGGGCUCGCGACAGCCUGCUCAUCAAACUUAAAUCUGCAGCAAAGAUAAUGACAGUACGCUGAUGUUACCUGUGCAGCUGAGGACCUUUUUGCUUAGACACCUGUGGAAAUAUUUCCCCAAAAAUAAAGUAGUUGAGUGACUUACGCGCGGCUACAACUUCAGGACCAGUGACUGUCGGGGGUCCCCGGGCUCCGCUCCACGGGAUGUGUUGGCGUUAAACCUACCUGAAGAGGCUGAAGUGGAAUGCCCUCGGCCGGGCUUAGGAACCAUGGCCUGGCGCAUGUGGUCAAAACUUUGCUGUGGUCAAAAGGGGCUGCUCUUCCUCUUUCCCCUCUUCCUCCUCUUCCUCGCGAUCUUUGUGAUGGCUAUGACCCUGCCCCGUCCUUUGCCGCGCUCUGACAUGGACUGGAGGUCGUCCCGAGCCCUGAGCUCUACCGGGGAGCUGAGACCCAGGCCCAGAGACAUGAAUUCACCCCCUGUUUCUUCUAACCAGCAGCAACUCACUCACAUCCAGAGCAGGACCUGGAAACCCUCUCCAAAAGACUCAUUUAAACAUUCAGUGCCAGCUAAACCUGUUGCUCGUGAGGACAAGAACAACAUAAAAGACAGAGGUCACCCAGACUUUGUCAGAAAUAAACAUAAAAACAAUGGCAUUGCUUCAAAACGAAAAGAAUUGGCAGGCGCCAAUCUCUCUUGGUUUGCGGUUAACAACACAGGGCCAAAACAUAGAAUUAAGCCAAGCGACCACAGUGCUGUGGUGAAGCACUCUGCACGGGUAAAUGGCAGUCAGGCUGCACACAGACAGGCAGCCAGAUGGCACAGGAAAGCAGACACACCAAUACAAAGUGCAAAGCUAGGUCAACAUCACAAGGAAAACAACAGACCAGCAACAAAUCACUCUGGGAAAUCUGGCAAAGUCGCUAAGGAUUGGCAGGCUGUGAAAAAGUCCUCUAGGGAUCUGAAAAAACAACACAAUCCCUCGGAAGAGAAGGAAAAGAAUCCUGGCUCGGCUUUGUCCAACCAAAAGACAGCCAUGAAGAAAAAGGAGGGCGCCUGGUGUCGGAGCUUCAGAGAGCAGGACUUCCCAGGCAGUGACCGGAGGAGGAUCAGGGUCAGCCCAGAGCUCCAGCCCUGGCUCAGCAAGGAGGACAUCCAGAAGAUGGAGCUCCUGGCAGGGGGCCAGGUGGUCAGUAAGGCCAGGGUGCCAGCACAUGGACAGGUGCUCCAAGUGGCACUGGAUCCUCCUGCACCCCAGCAGAAGAGUGAUCCACCUUCCCAAAGCCAUGCAGAGACCCACAGUGAGCGCUGCCAGCAGGGGCUCUGCUCCCUGGUCAAACGCACUGACGACUGGUUUGAAGUGUUCUCCUUCCACCUGGACCGGGUGCUGGGACUCAACAGGAGUCUCCCUGCUGUGCUGAGGACCUUCCACAGUGACAUUUUACCGUACCGAUAUAUCAGCGGCACACCCAGACCUGUAGUGUGGUGGGAUCCAGACAUUAAACACCUGGCUGAUAAAGACAAUGACCAGAACUCAGUACCGCUCAGGUGGGCCAGGUACCAGAAGCUGCUGCAGGCCCACUGUGGGAGUGAAGCAAACCUGAAGACAGCGCCCUGUGUGGGAGUGGACCACCCAGAGUGGGGGAGACUGGCUCUCUUCGACUUCUUAUUACAGGUAAAUGACCGGCUGGACAGGUACUGCUGUGGCUUUGAACCCGACCCAACUGACCUCUGUGUGGAGAACCUGCUGUACACCAAGUGUGGCAACACCAAGGAACUGCUGCUGGUUCACAUCCUGGUGAGGAGGGCUGAUCCCUCCAGACUGGUGUUCAUAGACAACGCAGGCAGACCGCAGCAGUCCGCCAACAACCUGAACUUCAGGCUGGUCGAGGGCAUUGAUGAGUUUCCAGAGAAUGCAGUGUCGGUGUUGCAGUCAGGCUGUCUGGAGAGUCUUCUGCUGCGCUCCCUGUACACAGACAGGGAGUUCUGGGACAGCCAGGGUGGUGCCAGCGGCCUCAGGACUCUCAUCCACACUGUGGAGCAGAGAGGGAAGAUCCUCCUCCAGCACAUCAGAGACAAGAAGCUACACGUCAACAGAGACCUGUGACCGGCUGAGCCAACAACUGAAACACACCAUGCUGGUUGAUAAGCUGAUUUUAAAGAUUACAUUUUAAUCAAAUAAAGAUCAUACUGCAGCAAAAUAGGUUUUGAGUAACAGAAGCCUAAAAGUUUGUAAUGGUUCAGCCAAUCAAAGAGCUCAGCAAACACUCAAUGUAACGCAAUGACAACCUCAGGGUACAUGGAUCAAUCUAUCAAAGUCUACUUAAAUCACGAGUCAUCCGGUUAACAGUCAAAUGUGACCUUCAGAGGUAUUUAAAUAUUUGCUAAAAAGCUACGAUAUUCAGUGUACAUGUAUUGACAGAAAAGCUAGCAGGGGCACCAAGACACAAUGUAAGAGUUAGCUGUUUGCCCUUAUGGGUUAGCUGUUAGCCGUUUAACGUUACCAGUUAGCUGUUACCUGCAAACUGUAAUCUGUUACCUGUUAGCUUUUAGCCGUUACCAGUUAGCUGUAAGCUACAGCUCCCACAUUGUUGGAUUUGUUGGGCUUUUUUUUGUUGGUCAGGCUAAUGUCACCUUGACCCUUAUGAUAAUUACUGUUUAUGCAAAUAUGUUUAAAAUUACAUUCAUUCUUUGAAUAUUUGCAAAGAAUUCUCAGUUGACAGAGUUUUUGACCGGUUAAAGCACAGACAGAAGACGUUUGAGUGAAAUGACAAAGCAACCGUCCUGCUGCAGGAGUGAUUGAUUUGUUGUGUCUGUUUUUGUGAGAUAAGUGUUUCUGCUUUUAUUAGAGGGAUUACAAAUAUCUGCCAGCCAAUAGUUUCCGGACUGGAUUCAGGAAGCUUUUUGGACUGAAGUAUGUCAAUAUAUAUUUUAAUUGUAAGUACCUGUCCAUGCAAAUUGCUGAAUAGCACAGCAGUGAAGCAAAAGAUAAAGGAGUUUAAUAAAGCUGAUGUUUACCGUCUGAAUGACACAUUUCUAAAGCUUAAUAUUUUUGGGGUAUUUGAGUCUUUUAAAAAGAUGUCACUUGAAGCUUUACCCGCUCUGAAUUAAAAUUCCAGUUAAACUGCAUGGAUUGAUGUUUUUUUUCUACGGCUCCCUCUUUGAUCAGAGAAUAAAUGGUUCAAAUGUGA